ACCUCUAAAAAUUUCUAACGCGCUUAAGAACAUUAAAUGGAUUGGAGAUCCAAUACAAGUAGAUGCUACUAAAGUCUACUACGAAAAAGUCAAAGUAGAUGGAGCCGAAUAUAAUAAAGGAGACUUUGUUAUGAUUCAGACCCGCUUAAAUAUCCCUCCAUUGGUAACAAGGAUUGUCUACAUGUGGAAAGACAUAAGAAACUCUAACAAGUGCUAUUUUCACGCAGAAGUUUUUAUGCGAUCAUCUGCAACCGUUUUAGGCGAAGUUGGUGACCCCAGAGAAGUUUUUCUGGAGAAUAGAUGUAUUCACGGCAUCUUGUUGUCCUCAAUUGUAAGGAAGGCUACGGUAGAAAAAGUGAGCCCGAGCGACGAUUGGUUUCAACAGGGCGGAAAAGAUUUUGAUCCAAUGUUUCAAGAAGAUGAUGGAAAAACAUUCUUUUAUAGUAAAUUUUAUAACCGAUUCACAGCUCGAUUUGAGGAUUUACCACCCGAUCCAACAUGCAAAAAUAGUAUACGUAAACAUAGAUUCUGUCCAUCAUGUGAACGGACCAUCAAGCUUUACAUGAAAGAAAUACCGAGGGUUACUGGAAAAGUUUCAGUCAAGUCCGAAAACGUAAAGGAGGCGGAUCGCACCGAAUGGACGUCAGUGAAAUGGCGAGACUAUGAAUACAAAAAAGGAUGUGGAGUGUUCCUAAGGCCGGGGACAUUUGAACUUAGAAACAAUAUAAACCUUCAUGAGGAAAAUGCGACAGCCAAAGGACGCAAAUCUAAGAAACCAAUUGUUGACGAAGAUAUUUACCCUGAGUAUUACCGUAAACAAAAAAAUAAUGUGUGUGGUUCAAACAGCGAUACAAAAGAGCCGUUUUGUGUGGGUUAUAUAGUUGCAGUGGCUGUUGCAAGUUAUGAUCACUGGCUUGUUGCACCGCAAGAUAUUAAAAUCAAAGUAAAUGUUUUGUACCGACCUGAAAACACAAGCGGAAGGUUCCCACAUCGCGAAGACAUAAAUCUCGUCUAUUGGAGCGACGAGAUACGUGAAGUGCCCUUCUCCACUGUAAUGGGCCCCUGCCAUUUGUCCUACGUUGACAACAUACCUCAAACUGGUUCUAUUUACACUUGGCUUGAAGAAGACCCGAACAGAAUUUACUUUAAAAUGUCUUAUGAUAAGAAGACUGACAGAGUCAAAAAGGUUCCAGAGUAUGCUCGUGCUAUCGGACCUAGCGAACAAGGAAAUAAUGAUAAGGGAAAAGGCAAAGGAAAGUCCAGCAAACCACAAUUGCCCGUUGCUAAAGAUGAAAAGUAUAGUAUACGUCCUUUGCGCUCCUUGGACGUAUUCGCGGGUUGCGGGGGUUUAUCAGAAGGGCUGCGACAAUCGGGUGUAGCUGAGUGUAAAUGGGCUAUAGAAAAUGACGAGGCUACCGCACACGCCUUUUCGCUUAAUAAUCAACAAUGCAAAGUUUUCAAUGAAGACUGUAAUAUCUUGUUGAAAGAUAUCUUGUCCGGCGCUACGCACAGCUCCUCCGGUGUGCGACUUCCCAUGAAAGGUGAAGUCGAACUACUCUGUGGCGGCCCGCCUUGCCAAGGGUUUUCUGGCAUGAAUAGAUUUAACUCCAGAGAAUAUUCAGAUUUCCAAAACUCCCUCAUCGCGUCUUUCCUAGCUUAUUGCGAUUACUAUAGGCCGAAAUACUUCAUACUAGAGAACGUUCGAAAUUUCGUCGCCUUUAAAAAGGGCAUGGUGUUAAAAUUAACUCUCAAAGCGUUGUUGAAUAUGGGCUAUCAGUUCGCGUUUGGAAUACUGCAAGCUGGUAGUUAUGGAGUGCCUCAGACAAGACGACGGCUUAUAAUUUUUGCUGCAGCGCCUGGGUGUAAGUUGCCUUUGUUCCCGGAACCAACAAAUGUGUUUAGUGGAUCGGCUUGUUUUUUGACAUCGACGAUAGAUGGAAAGACAUUUGAAUCAAAUAUAAAGUGGUGUUUAAGUGCCCCAAGGCGUACAUGUAUCAUACGCGAUGCUAUGAGCGACCUGCCGUUUAUUUCCUAUAAUACUGACGAAAUGGAAAUGGAUUAUGGCACUAGCGCCGAGAGCUAUUUUCAGCGAUUGGUACGAAGUAGAGAGGAAAAUGCAAAAUUACGUGAUCAUACCUGUAAAAAGAUGGCGCCGUUAGUUCAGGCUAGAAUAGACCGAAUACCGACGAAGCCCGGAUCGGACUGGCGGGACCUUCCCAAUAUUUCAGCAACUUUAUCAGACGGAACUAAGUCUAAUGUCUUAAAUUAUCGCUAUGAAGACAAGAAACAUGGCCGGUCAUCCACUGGUGCAAUGCGUGGUAUUUGCGCGUGCGCAUCGGGUCAAAACUGUAACAAGGAUAAGCAAGAGAACACUCUUAUUCCCUGGUGCCUGCCACAUACCGCCAAUAGACACAACAACUGGGCAGGAUUGUAUGGUCGUAUAGCGUGGGACGGAUACUUUAGUACAACGGUGACAGAUCCCGAGCCAAUGGGUAAACAAGGAAGGAUCCUACAUCCGGACCAAAAUCGCGUUGUAUCUGUAAGAGAAUGUGCACGAUCACAGGGAUUUCCGGAUACAUACAUACUAACAGGUUCUGUGAUGGACAAACAUCGUCAGAUUGGAAAUGCCGUUCCCCCACCCCUUGCGGCGGCGCUAGGAAGAGAAAUAAAGAAAGUUUUAAAGCCAUAAAAAGUUUUUGAACUGUUUUAUUGCUGACGUGUUUUAACUACUUGAAAAAUGUGAUUUAUUGCGCAUUAGCAUGUGGAAUUUUAAUUUAAUCUUAAAUCUAGAGGAAGAUUAAUUUUUUGUCUUGUUUUUUAUGAAUGAUUAUUUUUUCUGGAAGAAAA